AUGCUCCUGCGGCUGUUGGCCCUGCUCUGGAGGAGGGAGGGGGCUGAUGGCCAGAGGCUGCAAGUGUGCGGCUCAGUGGCCAUGCAGGAGCGUCUAUGUGUGCUCAUGCCCUGCAGCUUCUUGCACCCCCAGGACCAAGGGUCUGACUUUACCUCAGCUCUCGGCUACUGGUUCCAGGAAGGGGCCAGUGCAGACCAGGAUGCUCCAGUGGCCACAAACAACCCAGAUCGAGAAGUGCAGGAGGAGACCCAGGGCCGAUUCCACCUCCUCGGCCCCCGGGGCUACAACUGCUCCCUGGGCAUCAGAAAUGCACAGAGAAGGGACUCGGGGACAUACUUCUUCAGGGUGGAGAGAGGGCCUUAUGUGCAAUAUAGUUACCUACAGAACCAGCUCUCCGUGCGUGUGACGGCCCUGACCCACACACCUGACAUCCUCAAGCCAGGGACCCUGGAGUCUGGCCGCCCCGGGAACCUGACCUGCUCUGUGCCCUGGGUCUGUGAGCGGGGCACGCCCCCCAUCUUCUCCUGGACAUCAGUGUCCCUCACUUCCUUGGGCCCCAGGACUCACCUCUCCUCGGUGCUCACCCUCACCCCACGGCACCAGGACCAUGGCAGGCCCCUCACCUGUCAAGUGACCUUGCCUGGGGCCAAAGUGACAACAAUGAGGACCAUCCACCUCAAUGUGUCCUACUCUCCGCAGAACUUGACAGCAACUGUCUCCCAAGGAAAUGGCACAGCACCCACAACCCUGGAGAAUGGCUCAUCUCUUCCAGUCCUGGAGGACCAGUCCCUGCUCCUGGUCUGUGUUGUCAAUAGCAACCCCCCUGCCAGGCUGAGCUGGGCCCGGGGGAGACUGACCCUGCGCUCCUCAAAUCCCUUGUACCCUGGGGUGUUGGAGCUGCCUCAAGUACAGGAGAAAGGUGAAGGGGAGUUCACCUGCUGAGCUCAGAACCUGGUGGGCUCCCAGCAUGUCUCCCUGAGGCUGUCCCUGCAGAAUGAGUGCACCUGUGGGGGGGGGGGGCUGGAGGAGAACAACAGCACCACCCCCAGGACCCCCAGGAGCCUCCGAGCCUUACAGGGGAGCUCAGUUCUGGUCUGUGCUCCCCUAGUGAGGUCCUGCAGGAAGAAAGCCACAAGGCCAGCAGUUGGCAUCAGGAAUAUGGUCAUGGAAGGUGCAAAUGUUGUCACAAGAUCAGUGUCUCAGGGUCCCCUGAUUGAAUCCUGGGCCGGCAGCCUUCCCCCAGAUGCAGCUGCCCCCUCCUCAGGGGAGGAAGAAGAGCUCCAUUAUGCACCCCUCAGCUUUCAUGGGACAGAGCCUUGGGGCUGGCAGGAACAGGUGGCUACUGGUAUCGAGUGCUUGGAGAUCAAGAUUCACAAGUAA